AUGGUGCCCUCGAAGAAUUCCAAGUCCGUCAUCAGAACCAGAACCGGUCUCAGCUCCAGGUCGCGAUCAGGUUGCGUUACUUGCAAAGCCAAGCACCUUAAAUGUGACGAGACACGACCAUCAUGCCAACAGUGUGCGCGGAAAGGAAUCAAGUGUGGAGGAUUCGCGCAGGGUCUAAGAUGGUCGUUUAAACACCAACCCGCGCUUCAACAUCUGACAUUCGAGGAUUUCGACACAACGCAGCCCGCUAAGAAGCGGCCGACGAACCAUGAAAUAAAUGGUCGAGCUUGUGCCGAAAGGGCAAGUCCCGGGCCAUGCGACACCGUUUCUUCAAGAAGCCAUCAUUCAACCUCGUCUUCGUCUUCUACGAAUUCCAGUCGUAACGAUACUGAGGAACAGAGAGAUGAACACAGUCCGCAAGCAGUUUGCUCAAGCGACGGCGGGUUCGGAGAGAGCACAAGCGCGCCAUUGGAAGAGCCCAUCUCACCUCGACGUACGGCAGUCAGUGCGUUGGCGCAAACGCCGAAUUCCCCAUUGGCCAACAAUCAAAAUCCUCUAGCGCCCUACUCUUUGACUCCUGGUCUUGCCGACACUUCUUCGGCAUUCGUAAUCAAUUGGUUUGACCAGGUCUGCCCGGCAUGGUCCGGGUUCGACUCGAAUACGAACCUCAACCGUAAAAUAGCCAUUGACCUGUGGCGGACGUCUACAACGGUUUGCAGCUCUCUCGAGGCCAUGUCUGCCGCUUUCCUGGCAUCGCGUCUCCCGGGCAUGCGGCAGUCUGCAUUAAGACUCAUGCAGAGAGCGACGGACUUCAUCCAAGCCGAGCUUCAGGUCGUCAAGGCCCAGCCUGAAUAUCGAACCGUCCCGACUGGCCUCAUAUUCUCUCUAUUUUGUCUGGGCACAUGCCUUUGCUGGGUAGACUCUCGUCUGUACGGACUGCCGUUCCUCAGAGAAGCGAGAUCCCUCAUUCGGCGCCUUAAUGCACAGUCAGCUAUGUUUUCAAGCUCAAACCAGGAUAUGCUGUUGUUCUUCAACAAGAGUUUAGCUUACUGCGAGAUGCUUCUAUCAGUAGUCCGUGACGACGAACCUCUGGAUCAAGACAACGAAGACUUUGCGGCCCAGCUUCAAGUCGUAGAAGAACGCUCACCCCAUCCAUGGACGGGGGUAUCUACUCUGACGACGCGACUUUUCUCCGAAUCCAUUCGACUAUGUCGAAGUGCUCGCCAUCGUCUUCGACGGGCCAUCGAUCCUCAAAAAUACUUUUCAAGUGCAUUGCAAGAUUUGAUAGUGGCCCAACGUCUUGAGGAGCAACUCCUGGAAUUGGACAUUCCCUCGGAUAACCCAGAAAUCGAUACCGGCGACAGUUCCACCCCAAUUUCUCACCUUGCCGGGAUUGCCGAAGCGUACAGACUCUCUUCGCUACUGCACCUUUACCAAACUUUCCCCGACCUAGUCUCGUUGCGACUCCCUGCCGAAUCGCCCAUGACAGAGAGUGGCUCCGUGCCGUGGGAUAGGUGGAUUAUUCCUUUAGCCCUUCGACUGGUCGGGGUGCUUGAGCACAUCCCAGCCACUUCGGGGACUCGUGUUGUGCAGCCACUGCUGUACAUUUCAGCAAGCACAGGACUAAGGCAUGACACUCCGGCUGUCCCUGAUAUCUUGAAUGAUUUCCUUUCUCUUCAGCAAGAUCUGGUGGGUGGUACAGCGUCAAAUUUCGUUAAUCCGCCGCCGUUGUUUGACUCCCAGAACCUGUCAUUAUACAUUAGUCAGAUGGCGGAUGCACCGGCACACGAGGCUUCGGUGACGACUAUGACCCUUGACGUUGGCAGUGCUCGGCAUUUUGUGAUGAGGCGCUUGAGCAUUUUGGAGAGUAGUCUACCGCCAACGCCUGUUGUGGUGGCGAAGGAGCUUGUUCAGACCAUCUGGCGGGCAUACGACAAUGAUGUUGGAUCACCUACAGUUCACUGGAUCGAUGUCAUGGAAGAUAACAACUUGCGUUCAAUGUUUGGAUAA